AUAAGGACAAGAGGGAAAGGGCUACCCUAACCCAUCUUGGAAGAGACAGUCAACAACAUCGGAUGAAAGGAGAGCUGCACCGCCACGAAGUUCGUGAUCCAGCUGUCCCUCGCUUAAGGCGCCCAGCGCCCCAUCAGUCUUGACCUGCGAGGCCAACGUCACCCUUCCGGCUCCCUCCUGCCCCUCGCGCGCCGAUGUGUCGCAGCAGCUCCGGCCCCGCUUGGUGACGUCACACAAGGGGGCGUGACCUUGUGGAUGUUGUGGUGACGGCGCCGCCAUUUUGUUAGGUAAAGCGGGGGGCUUGUCUUCCUCGGCCCGAGCCAGGUAGGGAACGGGCGAGCGAUGUCGGCUUUCUCGGAAGCGGCGCUGGAGCGGAAGCUGUCGGAGCUGAGCAAUUCUCAACAGAGCGUCCAGACGCUGAGCUUGUGGCUCAUCCACCACCGAAAGCACUCGCCCCUCAUCGUCACCGUUUGGGAGCGUGAAUUGCGAAAAGCAAAACCAAACAGGAAGCUGACAUUUUUGUAUCUGGCCAAUGAUGUUAUUCAGAACAGCAAAAGAAAAGGGCCAGAAUUUACGAAAGACUUUGCACCUGUCAUAGUGGAGGCCUUUAAACAUGUUUCCAGUGAAACUGAUGAGAGUUGUAAGAAGCACCUUGGUCGAGUGCUCUCUAUUUGGGAAGAAAGGUCUGUUUACGAAAAUGAUGUAUUGGAACAACUUAGGCAAGCUUUGUAUGGUGAAAAGAAUCCAAGAAAACGCACAUAUGAACAGAUAAAGAUUGAAGAUAACUGCUCAACACAAAGUUCUCCAUGCGAUCCCCCACAGACUGCAGAUCUCAUAAGAGCAUUACAAGAAUUAGAAAAUGCUGCUUCUGGAGACGCAGCUGUUCAUCAGAGGAUAGCCUCCUUUCCUGUAGAGGUCCAAGAUGUAUCCUUGCUUGACAGAAUAACAGAUAAAGACUCUGGAGAGCAGCUUUCCAAGAUGGUAGACGAUGCGUGUAUGUUGCUGGCGGAUUAUAAUGGCAGAUUGGCAGCUGAAAUAGAUGAUAGAAAACAGCUAACUCGAAUGUUAUCAGACUUCCUGCGGUGCCAGAAAGAAGUCCUCACAGAGAAAGAGCAAACAUUGGAACUGGAUGCACAUUUGUGAAUCUAAUAAGGAACACAAAGGAAACAUAGGUCCACUCAAGAAUAAUUGUCUGUGUUUAGUAGCACCUAACUCCCAGGUAAGUAGUAUAGGACUGCAGCCUAAGUUUUAUAGCUCAGGAAAUCAAGGCAACAGAAUGAAAAAAAAAAGUUACUUUAUUUCCUUCUCCACAAGAUAUGUAUCUAACUGUCCUUAUGAAUAUUUCACUAGAUGACAGCUUUUAAAGAUUCCAUCUUCAGUUAGCAUUUUUUUAAUGUGGUUCAAUUGUGGACAUCACCUAAUUUAAAAUGGGUUGUAAUGCUGGAUUAUUUGCAUGCUUCUUUGUUUAAAAAUGCUUUUAGCUUACGUUUUGCAGGUUCCCUUUUUCAAGACUGGAGAAACUUUUAAACACAUACAGCAGACAUGCUUAUCAUCUUUCUAUAAAUCUAUAGUUGCAAUUUUCUGGCUUGAGUGGGGUGGUGCUCUUAGUUGCGUGUCUGUUUGCAGAAUGGCGUAAUAUGAGCAUUCCUAGUAGUGGUAAAGCUUAAUAAUUACUUAUUCAUACUGAACAAAUUUCAUUUUAAAGGCAUGCUCACUUGUGUUUUUUCCGCAUCCUGUUAAGUGAAAUCAGAGUUCAUCCUAUUAGGUAUUUUUAAGUCUCUAAACUGGCAGCCUCUGAAGUGAUUUAAAAAUUUGAAGUUAAAUCCAAAGCAGACACUGAAACUUGUGAACAUUUGUUAUCCCGUAGACUAACAGAACAAAUUUAUUAUAUGGUAGCUUGUCAGAAAAGACAGUAUUAUUGAUUUAAAGUUCUUCUGACUUCCAUGUGGGUAAGUAGUGUUUUACUACUUUUGUAGUAGGACAUCCUUAA